AUGUCCGACGACAACUCCAAAGCGGCCAAGGACGAGCCACGGGACGAGCCACAAGACGAGAAGCAAGACAAGAAACAAGACAAGAAGCAAGACGAGCCGCAAGAGCGCUCUGAAGGCGCCGAGGCCCACGUCCAAGAGGUAUCCCGCAUUGCCGAAGACGACAACAAGCCCUCUGAAGCCAGUCUCGACCAGGCCAGGCGCUUCCUACGUGACUCCAUCGUCCGCACCGAAUCGGCAGAGAGAAAGACGGCCUUCCUCAGGAACAAGGGCUUCAAGGAGGCAGAGAUCCAGCAGCUCAUCGACGAGGUCGACUCUGGCUUCGACAGCCCCAUCCCCCCCGAGUCCACACCUGCUGAGCCCGCACCUAUCAUCACAUACCCAGAGUUCUUGACAAAGACGACAAAGCCGCCACCCCUCGCCACGCCCUCAAGUGUCCUCAACAUAUUGGCCGUCUCUGGAGGUGUAUGGACCGCGCUCUAUGGCGCCGCUCGCUACAUCGUCAACCCUAUGGCACAGAACCUGUCCGACUCUCGGCAAGACUACUACAACCAUGUCAACAACCAUCUCGGCAGUUUCGUGGAGAAGCUGGAAGGCAUCGUCAGCGAGGUGCCGUACAAGAACGGCAAGCUGAUCAAGCCCGCCGGCGAGGAAUACCACGAUGACGACGACCUCGCAAGCACCGCUAGUGACCCGACCGAGCUCUUUCAUCGCGACUUCGGCACCCAGACAGAUCCGCCGCCUUCACUGCUCACCCCGCUAGAAAGCGACAAGGCUUCAGAGAAGCCCAUCGACGCCCAGGCUAGGCGUCUUGCUUCGCUACGGUCACAGCUGGAGGACCUGACAAAGACCUAUACACAACGCGCCGAGAACACCGAAGACCUCAACGCCAUUCUCCGUGAAAUCCGCGAAGAUGUCGAUAAGCUCACAUACCCGCAGAUGGACUUCAACUCGACAUAUGGCGGCUACGCCGGGCGCAGCGCGAACCCGGACGACGAGGUGCAGAAGACAAAGGACGCGAUACGGUCUGUCAAGGGCAUGUUCCUCAGCUCGCGCAGCUUCCCGGCCGUUGGGGCAAGGUAA